GAAGCCUGUCAUCUUGGGAAAAUCUUCUCUACUGGAUGAUUUGGUGCUUGUUUUCAUUUCUCUUAAAAACAGUGUAUCACUUGUGUUGGCUGCACUAUACAAAAGGAUGCAUAGCAUUGUGUAGCGACGCGCGGUUUUAUUUCAACAACAAAGCCUGAAUGAAAUUUCUAUUGCCUAUUUUGGCCAUGUUUUUGAUGAUACCAUAAGCAAAAUAUGAUGUAAUGCAUCAUAUUUUGUAGUUAUGCUCUAUUCGUCCGUGCGUUUUGUUUCGUGAAUGGCAUAGAUGAGCCUUUUCAAUGAAGAAUGUCAGUUUAACAUUUGGACUUUAAAAUACAUCGACGUCAGCUAAAUACAUUCUCGGACGAGCACCUCCAGCGUCAUUCAUCCAAAUUCAUUACAGCUCUUCAAUUCAUUUGAGCAUUUCUGAAUAAAUAACAGAAAUAUCACACAAGGUUGCCUACACUCGAGAAGAAUCAUGUUCAGCUGGUUGGGUACCGAUGAUAGAAGGAAGAAGGAUCCAGAAGUCUUCCAGACUGUCAGUGAAGGACUCAAGAAGCUCUAUAAAACCAAACUGCUUCCACUGGAGGAACAUUACAAAUUCCACGAGUUUCACUCACCAGCUUUGGAGGAUGCAGACUUUGACAAUAAGCCCAUGGUUCUUCUGGUGGGGCAGUAUUCCACUGGCAAAACCAGCUUUAUAAGAUAUCUCCUGGAGCAGGACUUCCCUGGUAUGCGGAUUGGUCCAGAGCCCACAACUGACUCCUUCAUUGCAGUGAUGCAUGGCACCAUGGAGGGACUAAUCCCUGGAAACGCACUGGUGGUGGACCCCAAAAAACCCUUUCGGAAACUCAAUGCCUUUGGCAAUGCCUUUCUUAACAGGUUUGUAUGUGCCCAGCUGCCCAACCCUGUUCUGGAGAGCAUCAGUGUGAUUGACACUCCAGGAAUCCUGAGUGGAGAGAAACAAAGGAUCAGCAGAGUUGCAGAAGAUGGCUUUGGUUAUAGCUGCCUGCAUAAAUGUCUGUACGGAGGUUAUGACUUUGCUGCCGUGUUGGAAUGGUUCGCUGAGCGCGUGGAUCGCAUCAUUCUGCUGUUCGACGCCCACAAGCUGGACAUCUCAGAUGAAUUCUCUGAGGUUAUCAAGGCUCUCAAGAACCACGAGGACAAGAUCCGUGUGGUGCUCAACAAGGCCGACCAGAUCGAGACGCAGCAACUGAUGCGUGUCUAUGGCGCCCUCAUGUGGUCACUGGGAAAGAUCGUCAACACCCCCGAGGUGAUCCGUGUCUACAUUGGCUCAUUCUGGUCACAUCCGUUGUUGAUCCCAGACAAUCGCAAGCUGUUUGAGGCGGAAGAGCAGGACCUGUUCAAGGACAUCCAGUCACUGCCACGCAAUGCUGCCCUCCGCAAACUCAAUGAUCUCAUCAAGAGAGCUCGCCUUGCUAAGGUUCAUGCAUACAUCAUUAGCUCAUUGAAGAAAGAGAUGCCUUCAGUCUUUGGGAAAGAUAACAAAAAGAAGGAGCUGAUUAACAGCCUGGGAGAGAUUUACAACCGCAUUGAGAGAGAACACCAGAUUUCCCCGGGAGACUUUCCCAAUCUGAAGAAAAUGCAGGAGCAGCUUCAGGCACAUGACCUAAAUAAGUUCCAACCUUUGAAAAUUAAACUCUUGGACACGGUGGAUGACAUGCUGGCCAACGACAUCGCCCAACUCAUGGUGCUGGUGCGGCAAGAGGAGACCCAGCACCCCAACCAGGUGGUGAAAGGUGGUGCCUUUGAGGGCACCAUGAACGGGCCAUUUGGUCACGGCUAUGGCGAGGGAGCCGGCGAGGGCAUUGACGAAGUGGAGUGGGUUGUGGCUCGCGACAAACCCAUGUAUGAUGAAAUUUUCUACACUCUCUCGCCUGUCAAUGGCAAAGUGACUGGUGCCAAUUCCAAGAAGGAGAUGGUUAAGUCCAAGUUGCCAAACACUGUGCUAGGUAAGAUUUGGAAGCUGGCUGACAUUGACAAAGAUGGAAUGCUUGAUGAUGAGGAGUUUGCCUUGGCUAACCAUCUCAUUAAGGUCAAAUUAGAAGGUCACGAGCUUCCAAGUGAACUGCCUGCUCAUCUUGUGCCACCUUCCAAGAGAAAAGUUCCAGAGUAACAUACAGCAUGAUUGAUGUGGUUUGGAAUUGGGAUUGAUUUUGGAAAAGCGGUUGUUGUGAAUUCAGGUUGCAAUUCAUUUUUUGUGGAAUUGAAGAUGGUUGGACAACUUUCCUUCUUAUUAUAUAGAAGGAAAGCAGUGACUCUUCUGAAAUAUGUGAUUAUGUUUUAGUAGAAAGAAUGGAUUUCAAAUGAUCCACCAACAAACUGUGGAUGUUUUUAUUAAGUUGUAGUUUUAUUCUGUUUCAUUAUCACUUAUUUUUUAUAAACAAAUCACACUGUCUGCAAUGUCUAAAAACCAUUGAUGACUUGCACAUUUUUAUGCCUCAAUUACAAAUGCUUACGAUGGGAUUUUGCUCAACUGUUUAGCUUUUAUCACUCUAAAGCUUGAUCAUUCAUCCAUGUGUUAUAUUUUCAUUCAAUUCAAACAAAUUUUUUUCAGGAGAGAGGAGACAUUGAUUACCACAGGAAAAUAUGUAAACCUUAUACCUGUUUCACACAUCUCGUGUCUGCUGUAUGCAAGUAAUGCAGAUACAUUUAUGCACUGAGCAUGAUAAAACUGUAUUUAGAAGUCACUGUACACCUAUUUAUCAACACUAUUUUUUGCAAUAUAGACAUUUAUGAAACAACAAAAUAAAUAGACUACCCACAGUCAUGGAAAACCUGAAGAAAAUAAAAGUGUAAAAAAUCUUUAAAAUGUAUUUAAAAAAAUAAAAAUAAUGGAAAUUUGUAAUAGCAAAUCGAUUUUUUUUUUCUGUUAUGCUCAGCUCACACUAGCCCUAAUAUUUCAAAGACUAUACAUUUCUCUUUUUGAGUGCAGUCUCCAUAGAUUAAAAAUAAAAAAAUCCUAAUCCAAUCACAAACAACAGGAAAACAACUUAAAACAAACAACCCUCUACGUGUGCCUGUUGUUACAGUUACACGGCUGCUACACUUACAUGCUGCUGAAACGAGACGUGUGAAACAAGCCUUAUUCUGAAUCUUUGAUUUAGUAGUUAUUCUAAGUGCACAACUGAUCAAAUGUAACAAUUUUAAAAAGCUAAAUUUCUUGGGUGUAACUGUUAUUCUCUUCUUGUGAAGGCAGCAUCUUAAUGAAUGCGAGUCCUUUCUAGCCUGACAAAGAGACUGUUAAAACUGUAUAGACGUCAUGUCAGAAGACUCAAUGUUUAGUAUUUAGGUGGACCCAUAGAGCUAGUAUCCUUGUUAAUAGUCUACUGUAUGUUAUAUUGCCUAAAAUAUCUAAACUAACUUGGGUUAUAGAGUGCAUAUAGAGUUAAAAUUUUGAUUUUCAAAAAACAAAAUGAUGCUGCUAUACAGCUUUUACACUUUAUUUAGGUGAUUUCCAUUCAAAUGAGCUUGCCUGAGUGUUUACAUGCUAACACACUCUGUGCAUUAUCGUUGAAAAUGCAGCGGCUUAGGAUCUAAUAUGUAUUUAGUAAUAUUAUUUUAUUAUACUUACCCUCAUAGUAAUCAUAUAAGCAUUUAAAGUCUUAAUCUCUGUAUUCACCCCUUGACAAGCAGUUUUAGCUGUCGCAUUUUCUUAUGAAUUUAUUUUAUUUUCCGGUUCUCAUCUGCUUUGAUUUACUUACUGGAUGUGAAGCAUUUCCACUGAUAUCCUGGUUAGGACACUGUUUGGGACAACUUAAAAGUUGCCUGUUAAGUUUGAUUAGAGAAAUCACCUUGACAGUCAGAAUAAUGUUUGCAAGUUGUGUAAAAAAAACUAACUGUAUCAAUGGAAUUAAGAUUGUUUUUUUUUAUGAUAAUGAACCCCACCACAACUUAUCAGGGCUUGUAUUAAUCAUUAGCAGAAGAAUUGAGCCUAUAAGCUGCCUUGGUGCCUUUGGACACACCCAUCUCAAUCAGAGUUUUCAUGUGACACUAGAGAUGUACAAAGCACAUUGUCAUAUUCUGCAAUGUCAUUUCAUGCUAAUAAAAUAAACAUGAACAUUCUACAAAGACUUUCAUUGAUGCUGAAGUUGUAGUUUCAUACCAUUUCCAACAUUGCUCAUGAAUUGCACGAGAUUUUUCCUGUUUGCCACAAUGCAGAGUUGGACAUUUGUGUAUUUGACCAAGUAUGUACAUGUACAUGUAUGUGGGUGCAAAACGAUUUGCAAAUGUUUUGUGAAGUAGCUUAUGUUUGUGUGCUUGUGCAAAGCACUGAUGCUCUGUUGUGUGUUAUGUGUUUUAACCAGUGUGGACAAACUAUGUGAAACACUACUGUACAGGGAGGUGGACAUUAUUCUAAAUAAAGAUCUAACU